GUUUGUCCCAACAGCCCCUCUCUUGGACGAUUCGUUUCUCUAACCUUCCACAAAGCCAAAGCCAGCAGUAGCCACCACCAACACAAUGGACAUUGCUAGACCGGUGGGCUCGUCAAUCACCCAUGUGGAUUUCGGCAUUCUCUCUGCUGAUGAAAUCAGGAAGCUCUCAGCAAAGCAAAUCACAAACCCAACUGUUUUCGACAACCUUGGGCACCCGAUAUCCGGAGGUCUUUACGAUCCUAGUCUUGGGGCCUUUUUGAAGAACCUGUGUACCACAUGUGGCUUGAGUGAUAUCUACUGUCCGGGUCAUCAGGGACACAUUGAGCUUCCUGUGCCGGUUUACAACCCGCUCUUCUUCAAUCAGCUCUACAUGUUCUUGAGAACCUCAUGUCUAUACUGUAACCACUUCAAGCUCCACUCGAACGAGGUGCAUAGAUUUGAGUGCAAGUUGAAGCUUCUCCAGUACGGGUUGAUUCUAGAGGCAAACGAGAUCGACAAGAUCCGUGUCGACUCAAACGACUUGGACGACACAGCAAAUGACAUUGAAGACGCUGACGCUGACAGCGAGUCUGCCAACAUCUCGGUCAGCUCAUCCAGAUUACUGCGUGAGAAAAGAGAGUUGUAUGUCCUAGAAUCGAUCAACAACGCAAUCAAGGAGGGCAGAUCCACCAAGGCAGGAAUCUUUACCGCCACCGUUGGUGAAGCAAGAAAAGAUUUGAUCACCGAUUUUUACUCAAAAGUGUUAGGUAAGAAGAAGUGUGAAAACUGUGGCCUAUUCUCCUCCACUUUCCGUAAGGACGGCUUCUCCAAGAUUUUUGAAAAUGCCUUGAAGGAUAAGGAGGCAACCAACAACAGAAUUAAAUUGGGCUCGAUCAAAGGUAAGAAAAGCUUCAUCCACACGCCUCCUAAGGCAGGUUCCAAAUACGUUCUCUCCACUGAAGUCAGAAGUAUCAUGAGAGCUCUUUUUAACACCGAGGCCUCCAUAAUUGACUUCUUGUUCCACUCCAAACCACUGUCAGCGCAAAGCUUAACUGCAGAUAUGUUCUUCAUCCAAGCUUUGGUUGUUCCUGCCACUAGAUUCAGACUACCUUCCAAAUUGGGUGAGGAGAUACAUGAAAACUCCCAGAACGAAUUGCUUACCAAAGUAUUGAACACCUCUUUGCUUAUAAGGGAUUUGAACGAUCAAUUCUCGUCCUUAACCAAAGACUUGUCCAUCGAUGAAAAGAAAAUCAUCUUCAACAGAUUAAUGAACGCCUUUGUCACCUUACAAAACGAUGUGAACGGAUUUAUCGACUCCACCAAAAACCAGAACGUGAGUAGUAAAGCACCAACCCCCGGUAUCAAACAGGCGUUGGAGAAAAAGGAGGGUUUGUUCAGAAAGCAUAUGAUGGGUAAGAGAGUUAACUAUGCUGCCCGUUCCGUCAUUUCCCCAGACCCAAUGUUGGAAACAAACCAGAUUGGUGUUCCUCCCGUUUUCGCCGUCAAAUUGACAUACCCUGAACCAGUCACCGCUUACAAUGUCUCUGAAUUGAGACAAGCCGUCAUCAAUGGUCCAGAUAAAUGGCCUGGUGCAAUCCAGGUUCAAAAUGAGGACGGUUCGCUGAUUUCCCUCAUUGGUAUGUCCUUGGAACAAAGAAAGUCUAUUGCUUCCCAGCUUAUGACUCCUUCCUCCGGAUUCACCGUGGUCAAUAAAAAGGUUCACAGACACAUCAGAAAUAAUGAUGUUGUUCUAAUGAACCGUCAACCAACUUUACAUAAAGCUUCCAUGAUGGGUCACAAAGUUCGUGUUUUACCUGGUGAAAAAACUCUCAGGUUGCAUUAUGCCAAUACUGGUGCCUAUAAUGCUGAUUUCGAUGGUGAUGAAAUGAACAUGCAUUUUCCUCAAAAUGAAAACGCCAGAGCUGAAGCUUUGAAUUUGGCAAACACUGACUCUCAGUAUUUGACUCCAACCUCCGGUUCUCCAGUAAGAGGUUUGAUUCAAGAUCAUAUUUCCGCCGGUGUGUGGUUGACCAACAAGGAUACCUUUUUCACUAGAGAAAGAUACCAAGAAUUGAUUUACUCGUGUAUCCGUCCGGAAGAUGGACAUUCCUCCGGUUCGAGAAUUAUAACGGUUCCUCCUACCAUUUUCAAGCCUGUUCCAUUAUGGACAGGUAAGCAAGUCAUCUCGACGAUAUUGUUGAAUAUCAAGCCACAAGAUACUCCUGGUAUCAACCUUAAAUCUAAGAAUAAAAUCAAGAACGAUUAUUGGGGUGAAGGAUCAAAGGAAAACGAAGUCUUGUUCCAGAAUGGUGAAUUACUAUGUGGUAUAUUGGACAAAUCCCAAUACGGUGCAUCCAAAUAUGGUAUUAUUCAUUCAUUGCAUGAAGUUUAUGGACCCGAUGUUGCAGGUAAAGCGUUAUCUGUUUUGGGUAGAUUAUUCACAACAUAUAUCAUGAUGAUUGGUUUCACUUGUGGUAUGGAUGACUUGAGAUUAACUGGUGAAGGUAACAAGUGGAGAAAUGAAAUUUUGAAAGAAUCUGUUGAUACUGGUAGACUUGCCGCUACAGAAGUCACUAAUCUGGACUCAAGCACCAAGGUCAACGAUCCAGAAUUCAAGAAAAGACUCGAAGAAAUCUUGAGAGACGAUGACAAGUUGGCAAUUCUCGAUGCAGUGACAAUGUCUAAGGUUAACAGUAUAACCACAAAAGUCGUUUCCACCUGUGUUCCAGAUGGUACUAUGAAAAAAUUCCCUUACAACUCCAUGCAAGCGAUGGCUUUGUCUGGUGCCAAGGGUUCCAAUGUCAAUGUUUCCCAAAUUAUGUGUUUGCUUGGUCAACAAGCCUUGGAAGGUAGAAGAGUUCCAGUUAUGGUUUCUGGUAAGACUUUACCAUGUUUCAAGCCUUUUGACACGGAUGCAAGAGCUGGUGGCUAUAUCAAAAACCGUUUCUACUCAGGUAUUAGACCUCAAGAAUACUACUUCCAUUGUAUGGCUGGUAGAGAAGGUUUGAUUGAUACUGCUGUCAAAACAGCAAACUCGGGCUAUUUACAACGUUGUUUGACCAAACAAUUAGAAGGUGCAACUAUCAACUACGAUAACACUGUCAGAAAUUCAGAUGGUACUAUGAUACAGUUCAUGUAUGGUGGUGAUUCAGUUGACGUUACCAAAGAAUCACAUUUGUAUGAAUUCAAGUUCUUUGUUGAUAACUACAACUCUCUAUUACAGCGUUAUAGUCCUUCCAAUGUUGACAACUUGGAUGCAGAAACCGCAAUUCAUUACAACAAGAAAUCAAGAAAGUAUCUCAAGAAACAAGGUGACCUUCCACAUUAUGCUGAAAGCUAUAAAUACGAUCCAACCAUUUCACUCUAUAACCCUGCAAGAUACUUGGGAUCUGUGUCGGAUAAGUUUGAAGACAAAUUAGAUGCCUUCAUUGAAAGCAAUGACAAGUUAUUUGUUUCGAGUAAGGAAGCAAAGAACAAUGGUGGUUUGACAUCAAAGAAGUUUAAAGCUUUGAUGCAAUUGAAAUAUAUGAGAUCUUUGAUUCAUCCAGGGGAGGCUGUUGGUAUCAUUGCUUCCCAAUCUGUUGGUGAACCUUCGACUCAAAUGACUUUGAAUACUUUCCAUUUUGCAGGUCAUGGUGCUGCAAAUGUUACUUUAGGUAUUCCACGUUUAAGAGAAAUUGUCAUGACUGCAUCUGCAUCUAUAAAGACUCCUCAAAUGACGCUACCAAUUUUAAACGAUGUUGAUGACGAAUCUGCAGAUGCAUUCUGCAAAUCUGUCACGAAGAUCAAGUUUUCUGAAUUCAUUGAUGACGUUUCCGUCAUUGAAACCACUGCUGACGUCAGCUCUGGUAUUAACGCAACUAGAUCAUAUGAAAUCAAGAUUAAAUUCUUUGAUUCUAAAGACUAUCAAGAAGAAUACGAUGUUACCAAAGAAGAAUUAGAAAAUACAGUUAGACGUCAAUUCAUCUAUCAAUUGGAAUCCGUUAUUGUAAAAGAGUUGAGAAAGCAAUCAAUCAAAAACAAUGCUUCAAUGCCAGAUAUUGGAGUUGCAGUUGCUAAGACAAAGGCAACAAGUAAAAUCACGAAUGAUGAAGGUACUGAUGAAAAGAGCCGAACUAAGCAAGCUGUUUCUUAUGAAGAUCCAGAUGAUGAAGAGCUAGAGGCUAUGAAGCAGGCUGAGAAGAGUGAUGAGGAAUUGAUUGAUGCAUCCGCAUCUGAAUCUAGUGGUGAUGAGUCUGAAAGCGAUGAUGAAGCUGAUGAUGAAGAGGCCGACAAGAUGGCUGUCGAUAUAAAGAAAGACGAAAACUCUGGCAAAAAGAAUCUAUCGAAAACGGCAAAGGUAAGGCAGCAUGAAGUUAUUGUUGGACAUACUUUUGUCACUGAAUACGAUUUUGACGACGAAGAUGGUUCAUGGUGCGAAUUCAAGCUCGAACUGUCUGCAGAUACCCAGAAGUUACUUAUGGUCAACAUCGUUGAAGAUGUUUGUAAGAAGUGUGUUGUUCGUGAAGUGCCAAACAUUGGACGUUGUUUGCGUCCAACUGCUGAACAGGGUGUUCGUCAAUUGGUCACUGAAGGUGUCAACUUCCAGGCCAUGUGGGAACACGACUCAUUCAUCAAUGUCAAUGACAUUCGUGCCAAUGACAUUGCAGCAGUUUUGCGUGUAUACGGUGUUGAAGCCGCCAGAAACACCAUUGUUAACGAAAUCAACCGUGUUUUCGGUACAUAUGCAAUUAGUGUCAGCUCGAGACACUUAGAUUUGAUUGCAGACUAUAUGACUAGAGAAGGUACCUAUUUGGCAUUUAAUAGACAAGGUAUCGACUCCUGUACUUCUUCCUUCAUGAAGAUGUCGUACGAAACUACAUGUCAAUUUUUAACCAAGGCAGUUUUGAACUCCGAUAGAGAAGAUUUAAAAUCUCCUAGUGCUAGAAUUGUGAUGGGUAAACUCAACCUAGCUGGUACAGGUAGUUUUGACCUUCUGUCGAAAAUGCCAGAAGCUUAAUUUCCAGAUUCCCGGUUUUCCAUUACCACUAUCUAAAGUAUGUAUUUUUGCGUCGUUUUUGUAUAAAGAAUUAAUCUAUUAAGUAACAUUUUGUGACAUGAAAAAAGGGAAAAAAA